AUGUUAAAAGAAAGCAUCACGAAAGCCAACAAAAAGACCAAAAAUACACAACCUGUUGAUGUAUCUUGUCUGAAUUCGCCAAUAUUAAGCCCAGGGAAGGAACUAGAGACAGAUACAAAAAAAAUUGAAAUAGCUGAAAAGCUGCCGAAUGUACGAUGUAUAGUUCGUGCUAGAAUUCCGACUACGACAGGAGCGGAAAUUUUCCUAAAUUUAUAUAAGAACGACCAAGACAACAAAGAGCAUUUGGCAAUUGUAUUUGGAAAACAAAUCCGAUCAGAAAGUCUUGAUGCUGUUCAGGAAGGAGAGACUGAGAUGGACCGCAUGAUUCGUGGUGCCUAUGUGGGAACGUUGUACCCAGGAAGGAAGAGCUCAUAUGUCGAUGCGAAUGCUUUAGUUGCUAGUGAAGAAAAGAAAGAGGAAGUCAGGAAGAAAAACUUUACGCCAUUAGUCCGAAUUCAUUCGGAGUGUUACACUGGUGAAACAGCUUGGUCCGCUCGCUGCGAUUGUGGAGAACAAUUGGACGAGGCGGCUCGUCUUAUUAGUGAAGAAGGUGAUGGUGUUAUUAUUUAUAUGAGACAAGAAGGUCGAGGGAUUGGAUUGUCUGAAAAAUUGAAAGCAUAUAAUCUACAAGAUCUCGGCAAUGAUACUGUCCAAGCUAAUCUUCUCCUACAACAUCCAGCUGACGGUCGCUCUUAUGCCAUUGCAACUGCAAUGCUCUUGGAUCUUGGCCAAAGAAACAUCCGAUUACUGACAAACAACCCUGAAAAGGUCAGCAGUAUCGAAGGCCCAAAAAAAGAGGUUCAGGUGGUCGAGAGACUGUCAAUGAUUCCAAAGUUUUGGCGAGGUGAUGAAGGAGGUUUUGACAGCCCUGAAGUGGGUGCCUAUCUUCGAACCAAAAUUGAAAAAAUGGGACAUUUAUUGAGUGCCCCCGACAAGUUUUGA